UCAGAGUUUGGGUCACUGCAGAUCAGACCACUGUUUGACCGAAAAGUGAAUCCCAAUCCACACCACGAAUGGGUAUUACAAGAGUUGACCCAAUGGUCCAAAGGGUUUGCCGAUCAAACUCAACGUUUCGACGAAAUCGGUUGCCAACAGAGGGACCGAAUGUUAGCAAUCGGAAAAUUUAUGAGCAUGUUUGGAUAUAUGGAUCAACACAUGGGAAGUGCUCGCAGUGAACGGUCGGCACCUCUUAUGGUAGAUAUGAUUGACAAACUGUUGGACACUCUAUUGACCGGAUGUACGGAUCAAGGAUUUGAUUUAGGCCGACGAUUAUUGGAUACGUUGAAAGCUUUGGAUGUGUUUAUGACCAGAGAUCAGAUGACAGACAUCAGGGAAAAAAUAAAGGCAUGGUUUGAAUCCCAUCGGGAUAUACACUGCGAUUAUUGGCUUCAGAAUCGGUUCAUACCAUACGAUCAAUACAACGAACUCAGGAGCAAAGAAUCGGCCUGGCUAAUAUUCCGGCUAUUGAUCGAGGUCAGUGUGAAUUACAAGCCCACCGAACAAGUGCUUAGGUAUAUACCGAUGGGUGAGUUGUUGACUGCGACCACAAAACUAUAUCUCGCAGCCGAAGACUAUUUGUGUUUGAUGUCAAAACUGGCCGCCAAUGACAUCACCACUGGUGUCAUGUCUUACGCCUCGACCGAGAAAUGCAGUCUUCAGACGGCACUCGACUCACAUUUUCAGCUCAUAAAACACUUGGAGGCCGAGUGUCAGUCCCUCUCCACCACUAUAGCCACCAAAACUGGUCCUGAGUUUGAGACACCGGCGCUCAUGGCUUACGUAAAUGCUUUAAUGGAUACGAGUUAUGGCUGUUGUCGAGCACUUGAAGUGAUAUUUCGGCUUCAAGUAAAGGAUGGAUUGUUUUGGUGCCAAAAGUGGGAACAACUGAAACGGCAACUCUUAGAUGAAACGAUCAUGACUUCAGCACCGGUACCUACUUUUGGCUAUUGGGAGUGUAGGGGUAGGGGACAGCCUAUACGUACACUACUGGCCUACGCGGGCGUCAACUAUACGGACAAACGCUAUAAAUUCAGUGACAGUGAGAUCUGGGGCUGGGAUAAAGUGGACACUUUGGGACUCGACUUCCCUAACCUUCCCUAUUAUAUCGAUGGAAACGUAAAAAUGAGUCAAUCGAUGGCUAUAUUCAGAUAUUUGGGUCAAAAACACGGACUUAUGGCUACCGAUGCGGCCGAUCGGGCCGUACAAGUGAUGUGCGAACAGCAGAUGCUAGAGAUUGAGGUCAGUUUUGUCGAUGGACUCAUCAAACACCCCGAUUAUAAGGCCAGGACAGCCGACUACUUGGCCAACACUCUUACACCACAGUUGGAUCUGUUGGUGAAGUUCUUGGCCGACAAACAAUGGCUAACCGGCGGACAGUUGUCUUACGUAGACUUCAUGUGUUACGAUGCGUUGGAUUGGUUGAGACGAUUCACACCCGAGACAAUUGGUAAAUACCCGACAAUUGGUCAGUAUUUGGAUCGUUUUGAAGCCCUGCCGGCCAUCAAAGCUUACCAUGGUUCUCCACAAUAUAAACCUACAUUGAAAACAAUGACAACACUAUCGCUGCUGAAGAAUAGGUCAGAGUUCGGGUCACUGAAGAUCAGACCACUGUUUGACCGAAAGGUGAAUCCCAAUCCACACCACGAAUGGGUGUCACAAGAAUUGAUCCAAUGGUCCAAAGGGUUCGCCGAUCAAAAUCAACGUUUCGACGAAAUGUCUGUUUUGUUUGCGAGUUAUAUGUAUAGCGGUUGCCAACAGAGGGACCGGAUGUUAGCGAUGUGCAAAUUUUCAAGUUUUACCAUGUAUUUGGAUUAUGCAACUGAAACGGCUCGCAGGGAACGGUCGGCACCGCUUAUGGUGGAACUGAUUGAGAAACUGUUGACCACUGUAUUGACCGGACGUACGGACAACGACUUUGUUUUAGGCCGCCGAUUAUUGGAUACAAUGGAAGCGGUGGAUGUGUUUAUGACCAGAGAUCAGAUGAGACAAUUGAGGGACAAUUUGAACGUAUGGUUUGAAAGCCAACGGGAAGUGCAUUGCGAUUAUUGGCUCCAGAAUCGGUUUAUACCAUACAAUCAGUACUACCACCUCAGGAGCAAAGAAUCG